GCCUCCGUUUCCGGCAACGGUUGAGCUUGUGUUCAAAUCCAGAAAGUGGAACCUGAUUGGUCAGGAUGACCGUUUGUCCGCAUGCGUGGUACGGAAAAUGAAAAUGGUGCAUUUGGAUACAGUCGGAAAAAUAGCACUUCAUGACAGACACGUAAAACAAAAGACGGUAUAUGAAACUUAAAUAUGUCGUCAAUGCGUAGCACAUACAAACGAGUCAAAACCCUCAUGUUUUUAAAUAAUCAAAUUCUAGAGCGAAAAUAUUUCGUAGUUAAACAUAAAACGUGCGCACUGACGUUAAUUUUCGUACAGAAGUGGUGCUUUACACAAUAACGCCUGAAAACACGACAUGUCGGUAUUUUUAGCGUAUUUUCUACACAAGCAAGCACUUUCAAAAGCUACUACGUUCCCGUGUUUCAACCUGCUGCCUCUUUUAGAUUCUGUACUUUACUGAGUGCACCUGAAGGCGGCACGACAAGGAACAGGAAAUAAAGGCUCUGUUAUGGACAGACGCUUUUGCUCCGAGCAGACGGUGCAACACGUAGCUUUUCAUCCAUCCUGCUGUCCUGCCAGAUCUUGUUUCCCCCCUCAAACCCUCAGUCCUGAGCCUGAGUUUCUAGUCUCCAUCAUGGACAACCUGGAGGAGGACCUGACGUGCUCUGUGUGCUACUCUCUGUUCUCGGACCCGCGAAUCCUGCCGUGUUCACACACCUUCUGCAAGAGCUGCCUGGACAACUUGCUCCAGGUGUCGACCAACUAUUCCAUCUGGCGUCCGCUUCGCCUGCCGCUAAAAUGCCCCAACUGUCGCAGUGUGGUGGAGCUGCCCCCGACGGGCGUGGACGGUCUGCCCUCCAACGUGUCCCUGAGGGCCAUCAUCGAGAAAUACCAGAGGGACAGUGAGCCGCGACCCCCGUCCUGCCCGGUGCACCACAAGCAGUCCUUAAACAUUUACUGUAUCCAGGACCGGCAGCUGAUCUGUGGGCUGUGUCUGACUGUUGGGGAGCACCAGGGCCAUCCCAUAGAUGACCUGCAGGCAGCUUUCAUCAGAGAAAAACAGACUCCAUCGCUGCUGCUGGCCAGACUCUCUGAGCAGAGACAGGCACAGGUGUGUGAGGUCGGGGAGCAGCUAGAGCAGGAGAAGGCCCGCUGUGAGGGUCUGGUGAGGCAGGACCGGCAGGAAGUCAAUCAGUUUUUUAAGGCGCUGGAGGCGACGCUGGCCAAGAAGAGACAAGCUUACCUGGAGGCUCUCGAUAAAGCUGGUGCAGAGGUGUCACAGGCCUACGACCCGCUCAUCCACAGAGUGAAGGAGCUACAGGAAGAACAGCUGGACCUGGUGUCCUUGGGCCUAUCGGUGCAGGAGGAAGACUCGCCACUGGUCUUCUUGGAGCAGGUGCAUUUGUUCCGAGAGAGGGUGGAGGAGUGUUUACAAACCCCUCUGCCCUCUGUGAUAAACCUCUCUGUCACGCCGCGAGCAGCAGAGCACCUUCAGCAGCACUGGCCCGCUGUGACCAUCGGGAGGCUGGAGGAGGCUCCUGUUCCUAAACUCUGCUGCUGCUCCAGACGUUGCUGUCCGGAGGCAGGAGACGAUCGGCCAAACCGAGACACGUGGGGCGAGCUGCAGCCCACUGCGUCGGCCGUGCUGCUGGGGCUGCUGCUGCUGCUGCUGCUGCUGUGGGCGAACCCGGUCGGAGGGGCGUCGCUCGGCUUCUCCCUGCUGUCCCGGCUCAGUCAGGUCGUCCACGGCCUCAGCAGCGAACUCACCACAUCUGUCUGGGACAUGGCAGCGUCGGCGUACACGACGGUGGAGGCGGCUGUAGGAGGAUGGAGCUCACAGCUCUCUUCAGCGGGGGAUACGGUCUUUCAGCAGCUGGCUGUCUUAUUUGAAACUCUGACGUCCCGCUAAAAGAAGCCAAAGCAGAGUCCUGAACUUUUAUGUAGAAGCUAAUUAACUCUCAAAACUGUGAAGAUCUGAUUUUGCUCUCAGCUUCACAAUAGAGACUAAAACCAUCAUUGAAUCUUCUUGUGUUACAGCAGAUUCAAUGGACCCCAACACAUUUCAGCUGCUUCUCCUGGACUGAAUGAGCUCUGCUUUGUUUUAUUAUUACUUCUCAGCAUUUUAAUCGACUCUUCUUGAUCAAAAGAUCUUAUACAACUUAACUAAAACACAUUUAGAGAAAUAAUACACUCACAAUGGCCACAUUUUAAAUGAUUAAACCAUCACAUAUGCAUGUGAGGGUUGGAUUUUUAGCUUUAGUCUCACUUUAAAGAUUCCUAGAAGUCAUAUGAAGGCCUGGGGAAGGCGUCGGAUAUGACUUGUUCAUUUCCUUGCUUGAGAACUGCACAGAUAACUUUUUAAAAACACUAAGUACUUUAAGUUUAGAUAGCUGUAAGUCUUUAUGUAUUGAAAUGUGUUAUGAACAAGUGCUAUGCUCCUCUUUGGAGGUGUGUUAUUAUGGAUUACAAUGAUACUACCUUCAUAAGCAUUUAUUGCAUCAGACACUAAUUGCAAAGUUUGGAAAGGCGGUUCAUGUGGUGUCUCUUAAGUCACCUUUCCAAUCAGCCUCGGUAGCUUUCCCGCUGUGUCAGAGCUCGAGACGUCAGCGCAGCCACACGUGUAUCUCCUUACACAAGACUGUUUACAGUGACUGGAGCAGUAUGUGAAAUUUAGAGCCUGCUGAGUGGAACCAGACACACAGUGGACCCAACUUAAAGCCUUCACAGAUCAUGUUGCAGAGAUGCGGAGGGGUUCUCUUACUGUGCCUUCAGCCAUCAUGCCUUUACCUCGGCCCACUUAAUAGCUUUAUGGUUAACUCCACCAGGACCAAUAUGUCUUCCUUAGGACACUGCCUUUUUUUUUUUUUUUUUCAUAAAUGGUGCACUGAUUUACAGUCUGCUUUAAAAGUUGUUACAGCUUUUGCUUUACCAGCACUAUUCUGCAUCCCACAAAUGUUACUUUAUUUUACUCAGUUUAGCAGCACAGCUCUUUACUGAAACAUCAGCUGCUUUCCUCAACAUUACGUGAUGCAACCUGGGAUUUGACAUGCUGCUGAAAAGAAAUCUGAACAAAUGGCAUUUUGAAACAAUGUCACACUCCUAAUGAAUGUUGUAGCAUUUGUUCUUUUUAUAAACUUUGGAAUUACUGUAUUUUAAACAUGUAAUAAAGUUUUUUGACUUUA